AUGGCCAGCAAGCUGUCCAACUUUGGACAAACACUGCUGCGUCGCAGGGCAUUAAACUGCUCUGGAGAAGAGUCCCAAUUCGCCCGCUGCCUGUCUACCCUGGACCUCAUCGCCUUGGGGGUGGGCGCCACACUCGGCGCCGGUGUCUAUGUCCUCGCUGGCGAGGUCGCCCGGGAGAAGGCUGGACCCGCUAUUGUCCUCUGCUUCCUCAUCGCUGCUCUGUCCUCCAUGUUGGCUGGCCUGUGCUAUGCUGAAUUUGGCGCCCGUGUCCCCAAAACAGGCUCUGCUUACCUUUACAGCUAUGUGACAGUUGGAGAAAUCUGGGCCUUCAUCACAGGGUGGAACCUCAUCCUUUCCUAUGUGAUAGGUACGGCCAGCGUGGCCAGGGCGUGGAGCUCCACCUUUGACAACCUGGUUGAGCAAAAGAUCUCUAGCUUCUUUAAAGCGUCUAUGACAAUUAAUGUGCCAGGCGAGGUCCUGGCAAAAUACCCCGACCUGUUCGCCCUUGUCCUCAUCCUGCUGCUCACUGGACUUUUGGCCUUUGGCGCGAGUGAGUCAGCGCUGGUGAACAAGAUCUUCACAGGCAUCAAUCUGGUGGUUCUGGGUUUCGUUAUCAUCUCUGGCUUUGUCAAGGGGGACACACACAACUGGAACCUGGUGGAGGAAGACUACGUCAGCUUCAUAAAUAAGAGCAACAGCAGUGGGACUUUAAAAGUUGAGGAGGAAUUUGGCGAGGGCGGUUUUGCACCGUUUGGUAUGGCUGGAAUCCUGUCUGGUGCUGCCACCUGCUUCUACGCCUUUGUGGGCUUUGACUGCAUCGCCACAACAAGCGAAGAAGCAAAGAACCCCAUGCGCUCUAUACCUAUCGGCAUCGUGGCUUCGCUGUUGAUCUGUUUUUUCGCCUACUUUGGUGUGUCCGCUGCUCUUACCCUUAUGAUGCCGUACUACCAGCUGAAUACCCAGAGUCCUCUGCCUGAGGCCUUCACUUACGUCGGCUGGGCUCCUGCCAAAUACAUUGUGGCUGUGGGCUCUCUCUGCGCUCUGUCCACCAGUCUCCUAGGCUCUAUGUUCCCCAUGCCCCGUGUUAUCUACGCCAUGGCGGAGGAUGGGCUGCUGUUCCGUUCUCUGUCCAAGAUAAACACUCGAACAAAGACUCCCCUCAUGGCUACCAUCGCUUCAGGCAUCGUUGCAGCUCUCAUGGCCUUCCUGUUCGACCUGGCAGCUCUGGUUGACCUCAUGUCCAUUGGAACUCUGUUGGCGUAUUCUCUGGUGGCCAUCUGUGUCCUUAUCCUAAGAUACCAGCCAGGCACCCUGAGUUCGUCCAGCCAGAUGGAGAAGCUGGUAGAGCUGGUGGAAGGAGAGAAGGUGGCUGUAAGUGGAGGUGACAGCGGCGACGAGUAUGGCAUGGAGAUGCCGCUCAAAGAGACCUUCACCUUCAAGCUGCUCUUCUGCCCAAGUGGAAAGACCCCAACACAGCUCUCUGGGGCCAUUGUCUAUGCUACCACUGCUAUUAUUUCUAUUCUUAUCACCGUACUAUGUCUUAUCCUGGCAAACUAUCUCUCAGAGCUGCUGGCAGGGCAUGCAGGAGUUGUGGUGUCCUGUGUCAUUUUGAGUCUGCUCUGUGCCGUCUGUGUCGUCAUCAUCUGCAGGCAGCCUGAGAGCAAAGAGGCUCUCAACUUCAAGGUCCCUCUGCUUCCCUGGUUGCCCCUGUUCAGUGUUUUCGUUAACAUCUACCUCAUGAUGCAGCUGGACCUGGGUACAUGGUGCCGCUUCACUGUCUGGAUGUUUAUCGGUUUCGCCAUUUACUUCUUCUACGGUAUUAAGAAUAGCAGUGAAGCUGUUAACCAGUCAUCCCCGCGCAAAUACGAACCUACGCUGCAGGCCAAGAGCCCGAUUUACAAAGGCGCUCCUGACGAGAGUGACGUAGAAGCAGGCAGCCCCUGAUACAGACUGACGUAGACCUGGGAAGUGUUGCAGAGCAUCUACACUCAUUUUGGCAGUCUGGUUAAAUUGCGAAAUGCUGCAGUGUAGGAAGCCUGGAACGCAGAUCUGGGUUUUAAAAGAAGAAGAGGCAAGAAAAUGCCACACACAUCUUACCUCUGACCUAAUGGCUGAAAAAACCUGAUGGCGGGACACUGCAACAGAGCCAUUUUCUGGACCAUGUGUCUGUUCUAAUCUGUCUGUUUUUACUUACCCUUAGUCCUCUGGAGAUCUGCCUAUAACAGAUGGACCUAACUAACAAAGAGUACUGCGGUACUGCUCAUGAUCUGUUUUCUGUAAUUUGAAGCUGUUAACCAGAAAAAAAUGUUACACUUUAACAGUUUGUGUGUGUGUGUGUGUGUGUGUGGUCACUUGUUCCACUAGGAGUGAAUAAGAACUACUGUGUACAUCACUAAAAAUAUGACUUGAGUCAGUGAGUUUACGAUCGUCAAGACACUUGGAUCAGUGAGCUACACUUCAAAACUGUAUAAGAAACACAAAUAGCUUGUGUAGUAUGUCUAGCAUGUGUAGUUUAUUGGUCCUUGUUUAUUACACCAGACUGUGUAAACAGGGUAGCCCUGACGCUAUGUGGUUGACAGCAUCAUUCAGGGCCUCAAUGCAGUUAGGUCAGUAGAACAUGGUUGACAUUGAUGUUAUCUACACUUGGUGUCUGAGGCUGAAGGUCAUGUUUUACAGAUUGGGAGAGUUUUCUGGGGGUUUUAUUUGUUUGUUUUUAACCCACGACUGCCUUUGUGCCUCCCUGCUCCCAGAGAACAGCCAUACAGUAUGUGCACACUGCCCCAUUUAAAAUGGUAAGAAAUUCGUUUCCAAGGUGUCCAUAUUGUUUUGGUCUUGCAUGUAGACCCUAUGAAAUUGUAUUUGCUGUCAUUUUGUGGCCCUUGUUUCGACCUAAACCAGAUGACUCAAAUGUUUUGGAAACCGCUAAAAGGGCAUCAAACUACUUUUAUGAGCUAUAAAAGGCAUUGAAAUCCAGGAAUUGGUGAUUUAAUACCUGCUAUACUUUCUAGUAUUUGUUGUAGGUACUGUACUAUACAAAUACAGAACAUUUACAUUCUGCAGGUAGUGUAAACCUCAUCCAUCUGUUAUUCCAGAACAUACUUCCCUUCACUUAUUUGACCAUAUUUAGUUGGAAGUAAGAGUUCCUUCCAAACCAACAAAAGCAUGUUAUCUAGUUAAUUUCCAGAUUGAAUUUGCAUACUUGCACCUCUCUACUUCAGAUGAUUUUGCACAUCUUUAAACCUCACAGAAUGUGUUGCAGAUCUGAGGAGGUUGAUAGAUUUGCACUUAACAAACUUAUGAAUCACAUUGUGUUCGUCUUUUGGGUGCCAAGGAAUUUAAACAUUUUAAUACACAAUGAAUUGUUUCUAAUUGACAUCUGUCAGAUCCACUCUGGUGUCUGGGAGCUGGGGGUCAGUUUCAGAACAAGGUCCUGUGUUUCAUCACUUCUUCCUUGUGUUUUUUUUUUGUGUUUUUUUCACAGAGGUUAUUUUUUUGUUUCAUUUGAAACUUAUUCUUGGCAGCUUUGUCUGUUGAGCUCCCAUCCUUAUAUAUAUUUUACGCUUUUAUUUACUUAUUACUUUAUCUGAUUUAGAACUGUUAAAGUUUAAAUAGCUUUGUUGUUUUGCCCUUUCAUAUCAAUUUUAAUCUGUUAAUAUUCUUUUUAUUUUAUUUUUAAACUUUACAUGUACAGUUUUUAGUGUGCUGAUCUUUAUACGUCUCCCUUAUGAUUCCACAUUGUUUUUUUUUCCUGCUUUGUUGCAAAUGUCUUGCAUCACCAAAUAAUUUAAUUGAUAUUCCUGACCAAAUGAAGGUGUUUUGGGAAACUUGAGCUUUCCAAAAAAGAAUGACCACUAAAAGUUGUUCUCUAAAUUGUGUAAUUUAAAAAAAGUUUAUCCCAAUUCUAUGGACUCAAAAUAACUUAUUGUUAAUAGUAUUUUCUUGUUUUUUAGUAAAGUGCUAUACUGUAGAAUGUACAGUAUUUGUUUAAAGCUAUAAAUUAUACAAACGUACUUUCUGUAAAUGUGACAAUUUGGUAAGAGGUGUUUUUUUUUGUAAAUUACACAUGAAGGCAUGUCAUUUGACAAUUGAUGCUGUAAUGUUGGCAUUCUGCAGAUGCUUAAAAGAUGUCUCUAAACAUCUUUACUGUUUUUGCUUAAAAAAGAAUGCACCUCCUUUAGACAUGUCAGAACUUGACAUGUCUUUGUGGAGGGUGGGGGUGGGGGGUACAAUAAGGGUAGAUUUGGAUUCAGCUAGUGUUUCUAGAUGAUGUAAAUCAAUAAAUUGGUGCCUGAAGAACCAUCCUCAUGCCUGAGGAAGGCAACGGGGCUGGGCUGGGCAGCUGUAUCUUGGCCUAUUGAAAUGCUUCAUGAGCUGUGGACUUUCACUAGAGAUUGGAACUGGUAUAUUUUCUGUGAAUAGUUAAUCUAUCAUUAAAAGGUAAUGUGACGUGUCAUCACACAGCUCUUCAUAGCCAGCCCUCAUGCCUUUUCAAAGAAAAUAAAAAAUCAGUGCUAUUUUUUUCCCCUCUCAGUGCUAUUGCAUUAACAGCAAUGAUCUAUUUUUGUCUUUCUGUUUUAUAUCCUGUACAUAUGGCUGUCAUGUAUAAAACAUGCUGUAUUUUCAAUGUUUUUUUUAAUAAAAAAAAUUAUACAUGCUUAA